AUGGGGCUUUGUGUUAAAUUUGAAAUGCUCUUCCUAAGCAAAAAUAGGAGAUGGCUCUUUCUAGUGGCAUUAGUCGCUGCCACUCACUUGAUGUUUCAGUCUCUGCUGCUUCCAUAUGGAAAUGCUCUUCAGUCUUUAUUACCCAAUCGAAAGAUUUUGACCGGUGACGAUUCCACCUUCUUGAACACGCAUUCCUCUGCUAAAUCCGUGAUGGUUCGCUACCCUCUUACAGUUAACAUUUCAGAAUCCGCAGAAGCUCUCAUGUUUGUUGGAGUGUUUAAAAGCAAUAAGAAUUUUAAUGGAGGAGAGGACAUUGGGCAUUAUGAUGGGCAGAAUAGAGUGGACAGACUAGAAGAGAAAAGUAACGCACCUGAAGGCAGGAUUGAUCAUGUGAUUGAAAUGGGUGCAGUUAAAAGUAAAGAUGGUGGUUUGUCCUCUGAUAAUAUCAUGCAGAUGAGCAAGAGUCUGGUAAUGCAGGGCAGUGAACUUGAAAAUCAUACUUAUGUCCCAGUCAUGGCCGGUGAUACGCAUGGCACCUCUUUGGAGCAGACUGUGGAACCAAACAAUAGAACAUCAUCAGAUGCUAUUCAAUCAGAAACUUCGAGUUUGCCUCGAGAAACAUUGAAAGAUUCAGAAACUGAGUUCCAUUCCACAACACUUGCAUCACCUGCCACACCUGCCAGGGCUCCAUCUGACACGAACAAUUUGAAAGACUUGAUGUGGAAUGCAAGUGAUUCCUUUCAUUCUGCUGGUGCACAAAAUAUUCGUACAUCUUCACAAAAUCGAUCAUCAGCUACGAUCGAUCCAGGGAAGAAGCAAAUGAGGUGUGAUAUGCCACCUAAAUCAGUUACAACUAUAGUGGAGAUGAACCGUAUAUAUGUGCGGCACCGAGUAUCUUCUCGUUCGAUGAGGCCGAGAUGGUCCUCAAUAAGGGAUCAGGAAAUUUUAGCUGCAAAGGUGCAAAUUGAGAAUGCUCCAGUUGCUGUCAACAAUCGAGAACUUUAUUCCCCUCUUUUUCGGAAUGUUUCCAUGUUCAUAAGGAGUUACCAGCUCAUGGAACACAUUCUUAAAGUCUAUGUCUACAAGGAAGGAGCAAGACCCGUCUUCCAUCGACCAAUACUUAAAGGCUUAUAUGCUUCAGAAGGUUGGUUUAUGAAGCUAAUGGAGGGGAACAAACAAUUUGUGGUGAAGGAUCCUCGAAAAGCUCACUUGUUCUAUAUGCCAUUUAGUUCACGAAUGCUAGAGUACACGGUUUAUGUUCGAAACUCUCAUAAUCGGACAAACCUACGCCAAUAUCUGAAGCAGUACACUGACAAGAUAUCAGCAAGAUAUCCAUUUUUCAACAGAACAGGAGGGGCCGAUCACUUUUUAGCGGCCUGUCAUGACUGGGUAGGCCAUUGA